UCGCUGGCGGUUUUACGACACCGUGUGCCAGUUUACGGCAACAUGGCAGCCUGCUGGCUCGAGCUGUGGUUCGGCCGGUUCUGAUCGUGUCACCAUGAAAACGGGCACCGACGGCUCGAGACCGGCAGGUCGGUAACGGGGGGUUCGCGAGGAUGACGUUGAUGACGUGUUUGCGGCGGCCGCUGUGCCGCAGCCUGCUGUCCGCGCGCGCUGCUGGCGUGUGUGGGCUCGAGCCUGCGUCAUGGCGGCACACACACACACCUGUCAACGAGUGCGCGAGGCUCCAACAGCCCCCGGUCAGCGGCUCGUGCCUCUUCAGACUCAGCCGGGUCGCGUGCUGGCAGGUAAAAGCGACACCUUGGCACGCGCAGGGAAACGUGCUCCACGUGCACCGGGGAGGUCACGAGAGGUCGGUGGCACGUUUCCGGGCUGCGCUUGCCCCGCAGGCUCGUGCGCUCUGCACCGGGAACACCGAGAAGACACCGGAGAGCAACCCGGAGCAGAGCGAGGCCAGCCCGGUACCGGGACAAGGACUGUUCAAGUUCAAAGAGCUGUACGAGAACCCGUGGACGAUCCCCAACUUUCUGUGUGUGUGUCGGAUCGUUCUGGCUCCGUUCCUCGGUCAUCUGAUCAUCCAGCAGCACUUUCACCUCAGCCUCGCCCUGUUUGCACUCGCCGGAGCGACUGACCUGCUGGACGGUUACAUCGCGAGGACGUGGCCCACUCAGAAGUCGGCGUUGGGCAGCGCUCUCGACCCGUUGGCUGAUAAGAUCCUCAUCAGUAUUUUAUACGUCAGUCUCACCUACGCUGAGCUCAUACCAGCUCCGCUGACGGCUUUAGUGAUUUUCAGAGACAUCGGUUUGAUAGCUGCUGUCUUCUGGGUCAGAUAUAAGACUGUACCUCCACCGGUGACCCUUAGUAAGUUUUUUAACCCCUGCUACACCACAGCUCAGCUCAAGCCCACACUCUUCAGCAAGGUGAACACAGCCAUCCAGCUCUUACUGGUCGCAGCUUCUCUGGCUGCCCCGGUCUUCCAGUAUUCAGACAGCGUCCUGCUGCAGUGCUUAUGGUAUGUUACAGCGGUGACCACAGCGGCGUCGGGCUACAGCUACUGGCACUACGGCCGCAAGACCGUGCAGGUGCUAAACACCAGAUCGCCAUGACAACCACACCAGGAAACAGGCCAGAAAAGCAGAACGAGAAAGCAGCGAACAGCCGCGGCGGAGAGAGACGCUGACAAGCGGCGUCCAAAGUCGGACAGACAGAUGGAUGAUCGCCAGGAGCUCUGAAACCAAGUAGCUGUGACAACCAUUUAUGAGUCGCCAUGGCAAUGACACACACACACACACGCAGAAAACCAACCGAGGCCGCAGAUGGUUCACUGCAACACUACGGAGAGCGGCGAAGCUCUGCCUCUGGACUGGCUGUGGAGUAGAGACAGAUGCACACAGAUAGAAACAGCAAACACAAAUAUAGACCACACACACACACACACACGCACACACAUACACACACACACACGCACACGUCAAGUGAUCUGGCAAGAGCUUCUAUUUUUCUUAGUUUUUCAAUCAAGCAGUGGUAAUGUCUCAUGAUCAUUGUCACAUGAUUGUCAGUUUUGUAAACCAAUGAUUUAUGAUUAAAAA